AUGCUAACAUUACAGAAAGAGAUCAAAGACAUCAAGGAGUUCGUUGAAUUGGCUAGAAGAGCUGACAUCAAGUCUGCCACCGUCAAGGUCAACAAGAAGAUCAACGCCAACGGUAAGGUCUUCAAGCAGACCAAGUUCAAGGUCAGAGGUUCCAGAUACCAAUACACCUUGGUUGUCAACGACCAAGCUAAGGCCAAGAAGUUGCAACAAUCCUUGCCUCCAUCUUUGGAAAUCGAGACUUUGUAA